AUGAAUCACAACGGAACUGCCAGCAGCAUCACCAAUAACAGUAUUGACCACAAUUCUUCUAAAAGACAAAUUAAUGUGUCAUCAAUAUGGCGUAAAAUUUUCGUUUAUUUUCUUGUAAUUCUCUUUGCAUUGGGUGCGUGGACAAAUGUGAGUGGAAUUUGGAUACAGAUGCCCUUACUUGUAUCGAAAGCUCCAGAAUCAUGGUCAUUACCAUCAAAAUUAGGCUUAGUUAUUAAUUUGGCAUCAAUAUUACCAUUAACAGUUGUUUGUAUAUCGUUAGUAUUCAAAUUCAACACAAAACCAAUCGAAGUACCAACGAAUUAUUUCAUAUUAAUCAACGGCAUUCUCACUGGCAUCGUAUUAGCAUUUUCUUAUAACAAAACGGUAUACGUUUUCGGAAAGGAGCGUAGUAUUUAUUUGUUACUUUUAACAUUCUGUACAGCGUGCCUCGAUACAACAUCGUCUACCACGUUUAUUCCAUUCCUAAAUCGUUAUGAGCAGAUUUAUCUCAAUGCCUACUUCACUGGAGAGGCACUAACGGCUUUAUUUCCAGCAUUACUUGGUAUAGCACAAGGUACAGGGAAUAGUGAAUGUAUAUCAGUCAUAUACAAUAAUUCAGAUAAUCGAACAAUAGCAAAAUUUAUUGAAUAUCAUCAUGAACCACGAUUUUCUGUUCAAACAUAUUUUCUUAUUUUAUGUUUAUUUAUAUUUGCCGCACUUGUCUCUUUUAUUAUUUUACGCUCAAUUAAAACUGGACGAUUACAAACUAGAAUCGAUCAUAAAAAGAAAAAAACAUCCAAAAAACAGCAAAUAUCACCAAUAUUCGUUAUAAUAGAUAGUAAUGUUGAUGAAUUAUCGACUCAGAGGGCCCUAGAAAAAAUCAUAAAAAUUGAAAAUAAAAAGAUGGAAAAAGGAAAAGAGAAGACAAUAUGGAAUAAAUAUUGUUAUUCACAAACUGGAAUAGCUCUGUUUCUUAUAUUUACUUCUAGUGGCAUGCUGUAUGGGAUGGUACCUGCAUUAAACACAUUUUCAUUGUAUCCUUAUGGUUUAGUCACAUUCCAUUAUACAAUAAUUGCUAGUAAAUUGAUUGAGUAA